AUACUAUACGGAGUCAUAAUAGGGCGUCAGACGGGGGGAUCGUUUUGAGGUUGCACCGCUGGCCCGGAAGUGUCCUUGCACAUGUCUGUGUGAGAGGAGCAUCACCUACAGUGACUAGUGAAGUAGCAGCUCAGCACAGUUUCUGUUGCAGUAAAUAUGAAAAAUACUGAGAGCAGUAAGGAUACUGAAGAGGAACUUUUCCUUGAUAUUGACCUUCACCAUGGGGACACCAUACUACCUCUCCAUACAUCCAUUGUACUGUUUCUGAUGUCAUAUUGUGAUUGCAAGACAUUUAAAACGUUUCUGGUGGUACCAGAAGAGGGCCACAAAAUCCCCAAGGAAGGCUUCUUGCCAAGUAACCUGGUUGUCUCCAUCAUCUCCAGAAAAGAUCUUCCAGGAAUUGUUCAGAGCUGUCGUCUUCCUGCUGUUAUUGAGGCAUCUGGCGUCUUCUGUAGAGCAGGCUUGGCUGUGGUUCUUAGACACAUCAUACAGAAAACGUACUCUGCAGAUCCCUCCAGAAAGGAUGUGCUAGAACUUCUAGGUUUUAAAAAAACCUGCUUAAAGGCUUGUGCUGAAGUUAGCCAGUGGACCAGGCUUUGUGAGAUCAGCAUCCCAUGGGCUGUGGAAACCUUUCUGAAAGACCCUUCUGCCACUAUUCCUCCAGAAGUUCUUCAGCUUGAGAGAAAACUGGGAGAGCCAGUUAGAGUCCACAAUGAUGAUAAGAUACGUCGACAGAAAAUGCAGGAAAUGAAAUCUAAUGAGAAUGGUAAAAGAAAAGAAGCACAGAAGGAAACUACUCAAAACAACUUUCAAAAACCUCCUAGUCUGGAACUGACAGCAGCUUUGUCCAGACUUAGUGUCCAAGAUCCACCCAUAAAAACUGCAAGAGAACCUGCCCACAUCAGGAAAGCAAAGACCUCAGACCUCCCGUCUCUCGAGCAUGUCUUUGCUGAGGGCCUCUAUUUUACCCUGACUGAUGUUGUUCUGCUGCCUUGCAUCCACCAUUUCCUGGUUGCUCUCCAGAAAGUAUCACCAGAGAAGAUCUAUGGGCAUCCACUAAUAAUAGGCUGGUAUCAACGGGUCCUCCAGGUCCAAGGAGUGCAGAAGGCAGCAGCUGCUUCUAAUAUCAAGUUUCUCCACUUUCUUCCUGUGGAUUCCCAGCACCAAGAACACUCUACAGCAUCCAGUAUAGAAGAAGAGGAGAAAGAAAUCCCAGAAAUCCACUUCCUAGGAGGCCCGAGGCCAACUAUGACCAAGCUAAAAGAUCAUGGCAUUGAGGCGGCCUUUGCUCCUCAUCCCUGCCCAUCCCAAGCUAUUGACUGGGGAAGUCUGCCUGCAGAAGUUAGGCCAGCAGAAGGUAAAAUGUCUAGUGACCGUGCACUGAGGAAACAACAGCAACUGAAUAACAUCUUAUCAGUGGUCACUAAUAUGGCGAAACCAAGUGACACCAUUGUGGACUUUUGUAGUGGAGGGGGUCACGUUGGGAUUGUUUUGGCAUAUAUGCUGCCAUCAUGUCAGAUAAUUCUGAUAGAGAAUAAAGAGGAGUCUUUGAUACGUGCCAGGGACAGAAGUAAUGGCUUGGGACUAACAAAUAUCUGGUUCAUUCAAGCAAACCUGGAUUACUUUACUGGGGAGUUUAAUAUUGGGGUGGCACUACAUGCAUGUGGAGUGGCAACAGAUAUGGUGAUAGAACACUGCAUCGCUGCUAGAGCAGCAUUCGUCAUCUGCCCGUGCUGCUAUGGUUUUAUCCAGAAUACAGUCAAGACCACAUUUCCACGAAGUUGCCGCUUCCAGAAUGUACUAUCUUACAAGGAGCACAUGGUGCUGUGUAGAUUUGCGGAUCAGACAGCUGUCCAGCUUCCUGCGGAGCGGAGGCAGAUAGGGAAGAACUGUAUGGGUUUGGUGGACCUAGAUCGUGCAUGGGCAGCCGAACAACAUGGCUACAAAGCCCACGUUAUCUCAAUGGAACCAGAAAGUUGCUCACCAAAAAAUAAUUUAAUUGUUGGCUGUCUGAAUUAACUUGUUUUUUGUUUUUUUAUUUGUUCAAUUUUUACUUGUCUACUUUUUUAUUCUGACCGCAUAGAAUAUGGCAUUUUUAUUUUAAACACAUCUCCAGUACAUUUGAAUUAAAAGCUAUAAUAAAACCAUCA